AUGUUCAUAAUUACGGUCGUUAGGUUGCUACUAAUUGCGCUGAACCUCUUCCCCAGCCGCUACACAAAUCGGAAAGUGAUGUUCCUCAUCUAUCUAACAAAUCUGGUGACACAUGUGAUGAUGGAUGAGCCACGAUUCGCGCAGCCUAUACCAAAUGUAACAGUUGCUGUUGGCCGAGACGCCAAUUUGCCAUGUGUAGUCGAACAUUUGGGUGGAUACAAGGUUGCCUGGAUCCACAUCGAUCGUCAAAUGAUACUCACCAUUCAUAGGCACGUCAUCUCGCGUAUACCGCGCUACAGCAUCACCUAUGACAAUAGCAAUACGUGGCUGUUGCAUGUGAAUCAAGCGCAUCAGGAUGAUCGUGGCUAUUAUAUGUGCCAAGUAAAUACGAAUCCAAUGAUUAGCCAAGUUGGCUAUUUGCAGGUUGUGGUACCACCGAAUAUACUCGAUAUUGAGAGUACACCCUCCUCAGUGGCUGUGCGUGAAAAUCAAAAUAUUAAUAUGACUUGUCGUGCCGAUGGCUUUCCAACACCGAAAAUCAUUUGGCGACGCGAAGAUGGCGAAGAAAUUGCCGUCGAAAAGAAGAAGAAAGUUUUAGUUUACGAUGGCGAAGUGUUGCCAUUAACGAAAGUGAGCCGCAAUGAGAUGGGUGCUUACCUUUGUAUUGCCACUAAUGGCGUACCGCCGUCAGUGUCCAAAAGAAUUAUACUGGAUGUUGAAUUUUCGCCCAUGAUUUGGGUACCCAAUCAACUUGUCGGUGCGCCAGCUCGAACAGAUGUCACAAUUGACUGCCACACGGAAGCACAUCCAAAAGCCAUCAUCUAUUGGGUAUAUAAUUCGGUUAUGGUGUUGCCAAGCAAAAAAUAUAAAACGGAUUACACAGAAAAUUCAUAUCGAGCUCACAUGAAACUGACAAUAAGAAACUUACAAUACGGUGACUUUGGCAACUAUCGCUGCAUAUCUAAGAAUUCGCUCGGCGAAACGGAAGGCUCCAUACGUGUCUACGAGAUUCCUUUACCAUCGACGCCCUCAAAGCAAGUCACACAUACCACCAUCGAAACAAGAGAAAAUAAUAUCGUAUCUACCCGCAAUGAUUCAACGAAUGCUUUGCAAAAAGAUAUUAUUUCAAUGAAAGCUGAUCUGCUGGGUGGUGGCGCAUCGUCCGCCUCGCCCUCAGCUACUGCUUCCAUUUCUGCGGGUAAUGGAAAUGGCAUGUCGGCGCUAGGAGGGGCUGCCGGUGUAAAUGCAGUUGAUCGGAAAGGCACGCUGGCAAUCGGUAAAAGUAUGUUUUACACUGAACAUCCACCGAAUGAGUUGGAAGGCUCUGCAGCUGGCAUAUUACAUAAAUCUCCCAGCAUUUUCUAUAUAUUUAGAUUUGCGCUAAUAUUUUUAUUACUUAGAAAUCAAUUAUAA